AUGGACGUUUUCAAGAAAGGUUUCUCCAUCGCCAAGGACGGUGUGGUGGCUGCUGCUGAGAAAACCAAAGCUGGCGUGGAGGAGGCCGCCGCCAAGACCAAGGAGGGGGUCAUGUAUGUUGGAAACAAGACGAUGGAGGGCGUGGUGACCGGCGUCAACACAGUGUCCCAAAAGACAAAUGAGCAAGCCAACAUUGUGGCCGAUGCUGCCGUAACUGGGGCCAACGAGGUAGCUCAAGCUACGGUAGACAGCGUGGAGAACGCCGCCUUAUCCACCGGAUUCGUCACUGUGGAUGACGGUCCAAAGACAAAUGAAGAACAGACCGAACAAGCUGCUCAGUAG